GUACAUUUAAUAAUAAUAACAACAAUAAUUAUAAUAUGUAAACUGUAUCCGAGUUAUUCACACACUAACACACUGUGUGACGGUGAACAUUAUAAUAGUACCGAGUCAAAACAUUUCGAGAUUGUGUUCGCUUUGAUUUAAUAUGACCUAUAUGGCUACAUAAUAUAAAUGAUUGAAAAUUACAGGGGCCGACGUCACCGGGUCGCCGUGAUUCGUCGACAGGAGAAUUGUUUUUCGACGACGACAUGAGUAUUAGCAGAGGACAUUCCGUGGAAAAGGUUCGGUUUUCGGCCAGCCGAGCGCAUUCAGAUGAAAACGAUGAGGAUUAUUCAGCUAGUGUAAAUGCCAUACUCCAUAAGCGGCUUAGUGUUAGAAAAGGCAAACACCAAAAACAAAGAAGAUCGUCUUCUCCCGUGUCUUCAAUGCUACCGGAUGACGCAAGUUUAAUAUCAGAUCGAAGAAGAUCAUCAGCUUUUACAACCAGCUCUGGAGACACGGCGAUUAAUAUUGAAGAAGCUGGUAUUUCUCAAGAGCAAAUAUUUGAAAAUAUCCGUUUACACAAAGAGGUAUUAGGCAGCGUACGUCAGCAACCAUGGUCUAUACGGAGGAAGAUGAAAUUGGUUCAGCAAGCCAAAGAGUACGUGAAGAAGCACGAGGGUCAGCUGCAAGAGCGUUUGGCGAUGAGCAAAAGUACGAGAGAUAUCAUGGCGCGGUUUCACAUAGUCCUAGUCAAACAAUGGCAGCACAGUAAACGGGAGAUGGCCAAUUUUAUAAGUCAAAUAAUUCCAUGGGAACUAACGAUCAAAGAAAUUGAAUCACAAUUCGGCACGGUAGUCGCUUCGUAUUUUACGUUCCUCCGCUGGUUGUUCUGGGUGAACUUUGUCAUAUCCGUGUUGUUGGCAGCCUUCGUCGUCAUGCCCGAAAUUUUAACAACCAACAAGGCAGACACUGGAGAACGCAAGACACUGUUGCCCGAGGAGCAGGCCACUUCUAUGGAAUUAAUGACUUUGUUGAACUUCGAGGGAGUCCUACAGCAUUCACCCAUGUUUUAUGGUUACUAUUCGAAUCGACAAAGUUCAGACACCGGAUACCGGCUACCCACAGCCUACUUUAUUACGGGGCUCGUUGUUUACAUUUACAGUUUCGUGGCUACGCUUAGAAAAAUGGCCGCAAACUCCCGUCUGAGCAAACUGUCCGAAAAAGACGACGAGUGCAUUUUUACGUGGAAACUCUUCACCGGGUGGGAUUACAUGAUCGGAAACGAAGAGACCGCCCACAAUCGUAUAUCGUCGAUUAUACUUGGUUUUAAAGAGGCAUUGCUUGAAGAAGCUGAGAGAAUGAAAGACAAACAAAAUUGGAAAGUGGUGGCUCUGAGGAUAUUUGCUAAUCUGAAUAUGGUAUGGAUGUUGGGAAGUUCAGUUUAUGCCGUCAUUCUAGUGGUGGGCAGGUCCACAGAACCAGAAGCUGAAUCCACAUUUUGGAGAAAAUACGAAAUCACAGUUGUCAUGACGCUCAUUGGUACGUUUUUUCCGAUAGCUUUUGAAGUGUUGGGCGUGUUGGAGAGUUACCACCCGAGGACCACGCUUCGUGUACAAUUGGCCAGGAUUAUGGCGCUGAACUUGUUAAAUCUUUACACACUGACGUUCGCGUUGUUUGUGAAAAUCAACGACAUGACAAAGGAGCUAUUGGUGUUGAAAUCCAACGUAUCCAACGUCACGGCACCCAUGGCCACCAUGGCCACAGUUGCCAGGGCAGCCACUACGGCAACCAUGGCCACAGCUGCCAGCGCAGCCACCACGGCCACUAUGGCCACAGCAGCCACAGCGGCAACCACGACAUCUUCGUUGAAGAUGACGUCAACUACCUCGGUAUUGGUUACAUUAGCGUUCAUGAAUUCCACCAUUUCAAAUACGACGAAACUUCAGUUGCCUGUCGCCCAUACGAUCGAUACGCAACCGAAUUGCUAUCGACAGCAGAUAGAAUGUCCGUUCUCGUGGCCAUCUGUCCGGAACGGUCCAGCCGACCAGCAUACACCGAGGGUUGACGAUUACGUCUCCUCAUCGAUCACACCGCUGAAAUUGAUUACCACUAGGCCCAACUCGUCAACGGCAGUGGAUCUUGGCCACAGUUCAGACUUCGGUCACAGUUCGAAUUUCGGUCCAACUACAGGUCUUUUCAGUGAGAAUCGGAAUGGCACCGGAUCGACUGAAAGUACAACGGAAACGACUUUCAAGACCGUCGAUGAUGUACAAAUAACUGCGGAGGUCGUAUACUAUGACGAGAAGUCUUCGUCCGAAAAUACCGCCACCACCGCCAAAUCUGACGUCAGUUAUACGAACAAUUAUGACGAAAUGAUGGAGAAUUCGACUGUGGAGCUGGUCACAGCUGAGUUGAUGACGGAAAAUUUGACCAGGGAUCUGGUCACUGCUGGGUCAACAAUUACGAGUUCAACGGACGUUUCAUUCGACUUCGGUUCAACCACCCCCGGAUCGAUAUCAAGUUCGAUAGAAACUGCAAUUGGUGGAACGAUCCCGGUCGAGCCUACAGUAGAGUCAACGACGAGUUUGGUCACCGAAUCGACGACAAGUCUCGACGCAGUCGUUGCAAUGGCGAACACGACGAUUGGCCAAUCGAUUAUCACUGUAGAUGACGACGAUGAGCCAUACAGUACGAUUUCGUCUGACGAUUUGCAGUUUCAGGCGACGGACGAGAAUACUGAGUCGGCUGAAGAAAGGAGAAUCGUAAAACGGAUGUCGGAAGUAAUUUUCAAUGGGACUCAUUGCUUUCAAAUAGUUUGUUCGCCUCCAUCGCCGGUUACAAAAUAUGUAACUGAGGUGCCAAAUGGUUUUCAAGGAUUUAGCGAGAAAUCGAGCGAAGCGUACUCGACAACGACGGAACACGAAGAUGCGCCUAGAGAAGACUUAUCGCUUCGCGCCACUUGUUUGAAUCUCCAAAUCAGACGACGAUUGCGGAAGUUGUGUUGGGAGACAAUGUUUGGACAAGAGUUAGUAAAACUUACAGUCAUGGAUUUGGUGUCGACAAUUAUUUCGACGAUAUUCGUGGACUUUGCACGUGCCGUGUUCGUGCGAUACAUGAACCGGUGCUGGUGCUGGAACCUAGAGAAGCGGUUCCCGCAGUACGGCGAUUUCAAGAUCGCCGAGAACAUAUUGCACCUGGUCAACAACCAGGGUAUGGUGUGGAUGGGCAUGUUCUUUUCUCCCGGACUGCCCAUCAUCAACGUGGUCAAGUUGAUGAUCAUGAUGUACGUGCGGUCGUGGGCGGUGCUCACGUGCAACGUGCCGCACGACGUCGUGUUCCGGGCCAGCCGGAGCAACAACUUCUACCUGGGCCUGCUCCUCACGAUGCUGUUCUUGUGCGUGUUGCCGGUCGGCUACGCCAUCGUGUGGAUCGAACCAUCGUGGCACUGCGGCCCGUUCUCGCAGUACAAGAAGAUCUAUCACAUCUUCACCAAUUCCAUCAAGAAGGCCGUGCCCAACCCGCAUGUGCACCGAGUCCUCGACUACAUAGCGUCACCAGGAAUCGUCAUACCGCUGCUGUUGCUGCUCAUCCUUAUCAUAUACUACUUGGCCUCACUCACGUCGUCGCUCCGGGAAGCCAACAACGAUCUAAAAACGCAACUGAGACGGGAGCGGACCGAAGAACGUCGAAAAAUGUUUCAGUUAGUAAACAGGAAGAAGCAGGGUGGUGGUGUCGACGGCGAUGACGACGACGAUUACACGUGUAUGGAUACAACGCUGGCAAAGUGGAGACAUAUAAUGCCAGACAGCAAACAGCAGACAGAUGAUCCAAGCUCCGUGUUAAAAAUUGCCGAGAAAAAGCUCACGGACAACGAGGUGUUGGACAAAGUGCGUGAGAAACUCGUGCACAUGGAAGCGGAGGAUCAGCAGCCCGAAAAUAAACACAAUCCAUAUCGAGAAGACCAACAGCAACAGCAGACGCAACCUCAGCCCACGAAGGUCCAACGUAAUCAUCAUCACCAUCAGCCACCUCAACUGCAACACCAUCACCAUCAUCACCACCAUCACCAGCAGCAUCUCUACCACCACCUCCGACGGCCCUCGAGAAGUGAAGAGCCGCGGGACACAGCGGCGACGCUGCGCAAGUGGAAAAAGUCCAAAAUGGUCCGGCAUCCGUCGUCGGAGUCCGAGUCGUCGGAUCAGUCGGAAGCAGUACCGGAAAUCCGUGAAACAGUCCAACCUCAGGUCGCCACUGCCUCACACGUCUCCGGGUCACAUCAUAGGACCACAGCCGCUGAACUUCCGGUCGGAGGCGCUGUCGUUGAGGAUGGAGGUCCAGUGCCUGCCGUAGAUCAGCCCGUCAAGCAGAGGGCUAGGCUCAAGUUGGCACAGAUAUUGUACAAAGAGGCGAGGAGGAGAAGACAAAAAUACGUAGAGGAGCUGCAAAAUCAACAAGAAUAAACAGAAAACAACAGAUUUACACCAGAACAUACUUUUCGGAAGCGCCGGUUGGAUUUCGAAUUAGUCCUGACAUCUAAGAAAAAUCUUUCUCGUCUAUAUUACAUCAAAAUAUUAUAAUACAUAUUAUAUUGUAUUAUAUAUUAAUCAGUGUAGGUGUCAAAUGAUUAGUUUCUUAGCACGCCAUUGUUUAUACUGUACCACUGUACCUAGUUCAGAACUAUAUUAUAUUAUUAAAUAUCUGCACGUCACUGUUAAAACACGACCAUACUUAAGUCUAUAUAUUGAGAUUUAAGGCUAUAUUGUAAUCGUGUAGUUGUUGUUGAAUUCAUAUAUUAUUAAAAACAUUUAUAAUUUUACUAAAAAAUUUUUAGUCAUAAUCGUUUAACUUUGAAUAUAAUUUUAAUUUUUUUAUUAUUGUUCUUAAACGUUUAAGUUUGAAUACAUUAUUUAUCGUUAUGCUGAUUAUCUCUUUCUCUUCGAGUCACCUAUUUGUAUAA